AUGGUAACGUUGGGCUCCGCGGAAGGGGGGCGGGGAGGGACGGGCUUCGGCGGCUGGGACCGAGCAGGGCUGGGUUGGGUUAGGAAAGGGCUGGGCUCCGGGAGCCAGCGGCAGCGGAGGAUUCUCCCAGCAGCUCGUCCUCUCGACCCGGAGCUCCAGCGGCGAACACCCGGGACAACUUCCAGAGAGGCCUCACACGCCCUCACUUCCGGGUCCUGCCCACCGCGAAGCACUUCGGGAAAUGUAGUCCUCCGCCCCUCUCGGGAGGGCGCGUCCUCGGUCUCCGGAACCCCCUUACCCAUCAUGCUUUGGGCCCCGGUCCAGCGAGGGCUCCGUGCGCGGCGCCCGGUGGGAUUGAAAGGACAAGAGCGGGGGCGGGGCGAGGAUGGCACGUCUGCGUUUCAAAGGCUGGGAACUGCAAUUCCCAGAGGGCUGUGCGCAGGGCGCUCAGUGGGCCUUGCGAGGGGCUCGGCUAGGCGCGGCGUGUUGCGGGGGCUGUCCCGGCCGGUUGUAGAGUCCGGGCCUAGCUGCGGCAGGGGCGGCCCAGAUUGGGGGCGAGGGCGGGUGGGUGUCGCGCCCCCACCCCAUCCCUGGGACGUGAGUCCUGGAGGAGGCCAGGGUGCUGCCGUGGUGGAGAAGACUAUGAAAAGAUCAGAGCACUGGCUUGUUACUGGCUCUUCCUUGGCAUCCCAAGUUCACGCUGCUGCCAUUAAUGGCGAUAAGGGAACUCUUCAAAGGCUCAUCAUAGGAAAUUCGGAUCUUAAAGACAAAGAAGAUCAAUUUGGAAGAACACCGCUUAUGUACUGCGUGCUAGCUGACAGACUGGACUGCGCAGAUGCUCUCCUGAAGGCAGGGGCACAUGUUAACAAAGCUGAUCAUAGCCAGAGGACAGCCCUCCACCUUGCAGCCCAAAAGGGAAAUUACCGUUUUAUGAAGCUCUUGCUGACACGCAGAGCAAACUGGAUGCAAAAGGAUCUAGAAGAGAUGACUCCGUUACACUUGACCACACGACACAAGAGCCCCAAGUGCUUGGCGCUUCUGCUCAAGUUUAUGGCACCAGGAGAAGUAGAUACACAGGAUAAAAACAAGCAAACAGCUCUGCAUUGGAGCGCCUACUACAAUAACCCUGAGCAUGUGAAGCUGCUGAUCAAGCACGAUUCCAACAUCGGGAUCCCUGACGUCGAGGGGAAGAUCCCACUUCACUGGGCAGCCAACCACAAAGAUCCGAGCGCCGUUCAUACAGUGAGAUGCAUUCUGGAUGCUGCCCCAACAGAAUCUCUACUGAACUGGCAAGACUAUGAGGGCCGGACACCUCUUCACUUUGCAGUUGCUGAUGGGAAUGUGACUGUAGUUGAUGUCUUGACCUCAUAUGAAAGUUGCAAUAUAACAUCUUACGAUAAUUUAUUUCGAACUCCGCUUCACUGGGCAGCUUUACUAGGCCACGCAGAGAUUGUCCACCUCCUUUUAGAGAGAAAUCAGUCUGGAACCAUCCCAUCAGACAGCCAGGGCGCGACACCUUUGCACUAUGCAGCUCAGAGCAACUUUGCUGAAACAGUCAAAGUGUUUUUAAAACAUCCUUCCGUAAAAGAUGAUUCAGACCUUGAAGGAAGAACAUCCUUUAUGUGGGCUGCUGGUAAGGGCAGUGAUGGAGUCCUUAAGACAAUGCUGGGUUUAAAAUGUGACACUGAUAUCAACAUGGCAGACAAAUAUGGAGGUACAGCUUUACACGCGGCUGCUCUUUCUGGUCAUGUCAGCACCGUGAAGUUAUUGCUGGAAAAUAAGGCUCAAGUAGAUGCUACCGAUGUCAUGAAACAUACUCCCCUUUUCCGAGCCUGUGAGAUGGGACACAAAGAUGUGAUUCAGACGCUUAUUAAAGGUGGAGCAAGAGUGGAUCUAGUCGACCAGGAUGGACACUCUCUUCUACACUGGGCAGCUCUAGGAGGAAAUGCUGAUGUUUGCCAGAUCUUGAUAGAAAAUAAGAUCAAUCCAAACGUGCAAGAUUAUGCAGGCAGGACUCCUUUACAGUGCGCGGCCUACGGGGGCUACAUCAACUGCAUGGCAGUGCUCAUGGAAAACAACGCGGACCCCAAUAUUCAAGACAAAGAGGGAAGAACAGCUCUGCACUGGUCCUGUAACAAUGGAUACCUAGAUGCUAUUAAGUUACUGCUAGAUUUUGCUGCUUUCCCUAACCAGAUGGAAAACAAUGAAGAAAGGUACACUCCCCUUGACUAUGCUUUGCUGGGAGAGCGCCACGAAGUGAUCCAGUUCAUGUUGGAGCAUGGUGCCUUGUCCAUUGCAGCCAUUCAGGACAUCGCGGCCUUCAAAAUCCAAGCCGUCUACAAAGGCUACAAGGUCAGAAAAGCUUUCAGAGACCGGAAGAACCUCCUCAUGAAACAUGAACAAUUGAGGAAAGAUGCUGCCGCCAAGAAGCGAGAGGAAGAAAACAAGCGAAGAGAGGCAGAGCAGCAGAAGGGAAGGCUGAGCCCAGAUUCCUGUAGGCCCCAAACCCCUCCCAGCCUGCACAGCAGCCAGAAAGAGCCCCAGAGGCAGGAUUCAGCCUCCAGCAAACUGCCCCUGUCCAGCAGAGCAGCCCAGAGCCCUGAGCAGGCAGCCAGCAGGGCAUCCUCAGGGUCUCCACGGAGAGCCGCCCAGAAGGAGCAGCACCCUCCCCCAGACGUUCAGGGAAAAGACCCCAGGAAGCCCCAUGAAACAUCCAGAGAACAUUCUAAAGGACGAGCUGCCUGUGUCCACUUCAACCCCACUGACAGCAAGGGAAGAAACAGGCAUCCAGGAGGCUCCUCUGUCGAGAAGUGCGGAGUUGAGACAGUCGGCGAGCGGCAGUGUGACAAGGGAAGGGGCUUCCGGAAGCAGCCCUCCUGCCCCAGAGCAGCUGGGCUUGAGGAGAGAGGAGCAGACGCCAGCCGGGUGACGGCACACCAGCCACGGCAGGAUGGCCACAGGAAGUCCAGCAGGCGGCACGACACAGCUCCCGAGACCACGUGUACCUCCCAGAGAAGGCACACUCAGGAACUCAGAGGAGCAAGGUGCUCCCCAGCUGGUGCCAGCAGGCCUGGCAGUGCCAAGGGUGAAGUGGUCCACGCUGGGCAGAAUCCUCUCCAGUGCAGGGCACCGAGAAGCAAAGUGACAGACUCAGAUCUACCACAGAGCUCAGAGGUGCUGAGGUCAGGUGCCAGGAAGUCGGGGAGGUGUACUGUGUCUGAGGACACGCAGAUGCCUAAGGAGACCAAGCCAGCCCCUGACCUCCUCUCCGGGCAAAGUGUGAGCAUUGACCUUCUCCCCGCAGAGCUGCGACUGCAGAUAAUCCAGAGAGAAAGGAGCAGGAAAGAGCUGUUUCGCAGAAAGAACAAGGCAGCAGCUGUCAUUCAGCGGGCCUGGAAAAGGUAGGAAGACCGAUGCCUCCCUCCCUCGGUGCUUUGGCUCCGUGGUUGUCUUGAUGCUCCUAACGCGACAUCCCUGUGCUCUGUGGUUUCUAGUGAAUGCCAUAUGCUGCUCUGACGAGGCCAUGUUAUUUUAUUUGAAUGCACUAUGCCUUUUCUUUUUUAUUUUUUCUGAUUAUUUAAAAAUUAUCUUUAUUGGAUAGAGACAGCCAGAAAUACAGAAGGAAGGGGGUAACAGAGAUGGAGAGAGAGAGACUUGCAGCACUGCUUCACCAUUCAAGAAGUUUCCCUACUGCACGUGGGGACUGGAGGCUUGAACCCAGGUCCUUGCAUAUGGUAGCGUGUGCAGUCAAC